GGCUCCAGCCCCUUAGUCCUCACACAAAACUGAAAGCAGCCCCCGCAGGAAAGAGAAAGUGAAAUCGCUCCGGCGCCGCUCUUUCGCUUUCGUCCUGCCUGCUCCAGCGCCUUCUCCGGGGACACAGCUCGUGUCUGCACCCCGUGGGCGCUUCACCCCGCGCCCGCCUGGCUCCGCAGCUCCCGCGGGCAUCGGCCAGCGCGCAGGGCAGGGCCUGGGGCAGCCGAGCAGCCCGCGGGCCGCCGGCUGGUCGCGGGCAGAGCCGCGCGAGCAGGGAGCAGGGCUCGGAGCUGGUGUCCAGGCCGGGCGCUUUGGGGUCCCGCGGAGAGCCCCGGGCGCAGCGCCCUGGCGGGGAGCGGCGCAGGGCCCCGGCGCUAGGCAGGGUCCGGCUGGCGAGGGCCGCGCACAUGGCGGAGACAGGGAGCCACAUGCGGCUCAAGGAAUGGCUUAUCGCCCAGAUCGACAGCGGCAGGUACCCGGGGCUGCGCUGGGAGAACCGCGAGAAAACCAUCUUCCGCAUCCCCUGGAAACACGCCGCCAAGCAGGACUAUCGCCAGCAGCAGGACGCGGCGCUCUUCAAGGCCUGGGCUGUCUACAAGGGGAAGUACCAGGAAGGAACAAAGGCAGAUCCCUCCACCUGGAAAACCCGCCUCCGGUGCGCCCUGAACAAAAGCACCGAUUUUCAGGAGGUCCCCGAAAGAAGCCAGCUGGACAUCUCAGAGCCGUACAAAGUGUACCAGAUCCUAUCGGAUGGAGCCAGAGACCCCGAGAAGGAAGGCAGCCUGGAGUCCCCUCCCCCAGAAGAACAGCAGGCAAGCCACCAAGUCCCCGGGGACCUGGAGAUGGGAGUUAACUGCGGGCCAGACAAGACUAGCAUGUCCUCAGGUUUGGAAGAGGAUGGGAAGAAGGAUCUGAUGGAGACCUGCCAGACUUCUCCAGUCCCGCUGGUCUCCCACUUACCAAGCCAUCCGGCAGACUGGGGGUAUCAGGUGAAAGGGGUUUUCUGUGGCUGGAGCCCAACACAUGCUCGCUUUCUGCAGAGCCCACAGCUGGGUGAUCCCAACUCCAAUCACGUCCCCACUGCAGACAUCAACAACUCAGAUUGCUGGCUGCACGUCCGCCUCUACUACCGCGACGUGCUGGUGAAGGAGUUCACCACCCGCACUGCCGAGGGCUGCCGCAUCACCUACCGCCUGGUGCCGGCUGACAACGAGCGGCUCUACGGCCCAUCCUCCAUGGAGCAGAUCCAGUUCCCCUCUCCCCGCCCGCUGACCGGCGACAGCAGGAUGGCGGGCGUGACGGGCGUCUUGGAACGGCUUCUUCCCCACCUGGACCGGGGCGUCCUCUUGUGGGUGGCCCCCGAAGGCGUCUUCAUGAAGCGGCAGUGCCAGGGCAGGGUGUACUGGAACGGGCCCAUGGCGCCUCACAACAACCGCCCCAACAAGCUGGAGAGGGAGAAAACCUACAAGCUCCUGGACACCCAGCAGUUCCUGCAGCAACUACGGAGCUACCUGAGUCGUGGGGAGCCCAUGCCCCAGUAUCAGAUCCGCCUGUGCUUCGGAGAGGAGUAUCCCCCCACCCCAAGCCAGAACUUUCAGAAGCUCAUCAUGGCCCAUGAGUCGGAGCUGGGAGUUCGCAGCGGCCAGCUGCUCGGGACGGGACGGGACGGGAGGGAUCCCUGCCCGGGAAGGAUGCAAUUGGAGUAUCCCAUCCCUGCCUCCUCUCUGCGCAUCCUGCCUUCCGUCUGCGACCAAGGAGGCUGCGGCAACCUGGGGAUGGUGCUAGCUCCAUGCCCCAGCUCCGAGCCACCCCAGAGCAAUGGGCCGAGUGCGGGCAGCGGGGCCCCCACCCAGAUGGGCGAGGCGACCAAGCCCCCCUACAGCUACAUUGCACUCAUCACCAUGGCCAUCCAGAGCACCCCGGAGAAGAGGAUCACCCUGAACGGCAUCUACCGGUACAUCAUGGGCCGCUUCACCUUCUACCGGGACAACAAGCAGGGCUGGCAGAACAGCAUCCGCCACAACCUGUCGCUCAACGAGUGCUUCGUCAAGGUGCCCCGGGACGACAAGAAACCCGGCAAGGGCAACUACUGGACCCUGGACCCCGACUGCUACAACAUGUUCGAGAACGGCAGCUUCCUGCGCCGCCGGCGCCGGUUCACCAGGAAGCGCGGCCUGCGGGAGGCGCCGGAGGGCGAGGCGGAGGGGGCGCGGAAGAAACAGCCCAAGUACCGGGCCCGGCAGAACCCCCAGCCCUUGGCCCUCUUGGCCGAGGAGAUCAAGACAGAGGGCAACUACUCCUCCCCUGCUCCCGCCAGCCAGGUGCUCAGCUCGUGCGGGGGGCAGACGGGAGUGAGACAGGCGCUGACCUUGGAGGUCCACGUGGGUACCAAGGAGUGUGGCCAGGGCAGCAAGGAGCCCAGCAUCCAUUGCCCAGAGCAGCCAGGCCAGGCCAGCCUGCUGACCCCUAGGAAGUACCUGCAGAAACCCAGGCAGGCGUGUCUGUACCCGCUGGAGGGGCCGGAGCCCAAACCCCAGCUCUUUGAGAAGCAGCCCUGCUACCCAGGCCUCGAGGGGCGCCUGCUGGAGACCCAGGGGCAAGAGAGCCCCCGGCUGAAGGAGACUGUCUUUGGGGGGCUUCAGACCCCCAUCCAGAUAGCUCAGCCCCCGUACACUGCCCCGGGGGAGCGAGUGACCCAACAGCACCCCCAGCUGACCAGAGACAUCAAGGAACCGCCUCAAGCCACACCAGCCGUGACCGUGUCUCCCGACAGUGAACAGGAGGGUAAGGAGUCUGGGGCGUGCACCAUUGGGCUGUCCCAGCCAUUCAGCCAGGUGGCCCCCGUGUUCCCAGCCCUGCUGGGGCCCAGCAAGCCCUCGCUGCCCUGCAGCCGGCAGCCUUCGCCAACCUGCUUCCCCUCCUUCGAAGGAGACAGCUAUAUCAAGCCGACACUGCCCGUCUUCAGCUCCUUCGGCUGCUCAGGCUCUGACACAUUGGGCGGGAACUACCAGUGCCGGGUGCAGGCGCUGAGCUUCUGCAUGAACGAGAGGGCGUGCAACUCGGCCCUGGAGCACCUCUUGACAUCGUCGCCGAGCACAGCUCCCGUGACCCCCAUCCAGCCGCCCCCCUUCAGACCCGCCGUCCAGCUGCAGGGGGAGCAGAAGGAGUCGUGGGGUGGGAGCCCGUUCUCCCUGCCAGGAGGGAAUGGUUACCAGCUGGGACUCCCCCACUGUCUUUACAGGACACCUGGCAUGUUCUUCUUUGAGUGACAGGCCCUACCCAGGACAGACUGUGCCCUCUCAGCCUCUCUUGCCACCCACCGCUGUGCCCAGGACACCCCUGGCCAUUCCACCUGCCCUUUGGAGAGCUGACGCCAAGGAAGGGACUCUCCAUGUAAGUUAUUCUCUCCUACUGCUUCCUGCCCAGUGGUGACUGCCUGAUGGAGCUAAGAGGGACCCUGGCUCCCAGGAGAAAUCACUUUGGGUACCGUACCACCCGCUGCCAGCGUCCUUUUGCCAUGGCUGUUAUCCCACGAAACUAGAACCCUGCAUGGGAGACAGGGGCUGAAUGGAACUGUGUCCUGGCUUGUGGAAUAAAACACAUCCCCCAACUG